CCUCAGCGCCCGCCCGCCGCCGCUCGCGCUCGGCCAUGGCGGAGGCCUCGGUCGGCAGGCAGAGCCCCAGGGUGGUGCCGUACCCAGCCCGCAGUCUAUGUCCUGGAGAGCCUGGCCUUCAGACUGCAGCAGUUGUGUCAAUGGGCUCAGCUGAUCAUCGACUGAACCUAGCAGAGAUCCUUUCACAGAAUUACGGUGUACGGGAAGAAAGGGAAGAAGAUGAUGAUCCUCAGGAGAAGCAGAAGUCUUUAGAAGAGCUGGAGAAGAGUUUCAGUGCCUCUCAGCUGGUGUUGUACUCGGUGAUUGUUCCAUUCCUGAUGAAGCUUUGUCCUCCUCUCGCUCAGAGCAGUGAAAUGCCAUUUGAGGAGCUGCUUGCACUUUAUGGCUAUGAGGCAUCUGAUCCCAUCUCAGAGCAGGACAGCGAGAGCAAUGAUAUUACUCCAAACCUCCCAGACAUGACUCUGGAUAAGGAGCAAAUAGCGAAGGAUUUGCUUUCAGGGGAAGAGGAAGAGGAGACACAAUCUUCAGCUGAUGAUUUGACUCCCUCUGUCACAUCCCACGAUGCAUCAGACCUGUUCCCAGCCCAGCCUGGCUCCAACAACUUCCUUGCUGAUGAAGACAAAGAGCCCUGUUCAUCUCCAUGUGCUUCCUCCAUGGCUGAGGAUUCAGAGCAGGAUUCCAUCCCAUCCAACGAGUGUAAGAAGGAGAUCAUGGUUGGACCUCAGUACCAAGCCACUGUUCCCAUCCUCCACUUAAACAGGCAUGGGGAAAAAGUCUAUGAGAAUGAAGAUCAGCUGCUUUGGGACCCAAAUAUACUCCCUGAGAGAGAGGUUGAAGAGUUCCUGUACCGGGCUGUGAAGCGGCGAUGGGACGAGCUCUCCAGCAGCAGCCUCCCAGAAGGAGAGAUGGUGAAGGACAAUGAACAGGCUUUGUAUGAGCUGGUGAAAUGCAACUUCAAUGCAGAAGAGGCCCUGCGGAGGUUACGGUUCAAUGUGAAGGUUAUCAGAGAUGAGCUUUGUGCCUGGAGUGAGGAAGAAUGUAGGAAUUUUGAACAUGGCUUCAGAGUCCAUGGGAAAAACUUUCAUCUUAUCCAAGCAAACAAGGUCAGGACCCGUUCAGUGGGAGAGUGUGUGGAGUAUUACUACAUGUGGAAGAAGUCAGAGCGUUAUGACUACUUCACCCAGCAGACUCGUUUAGGAAGGAAGAAGUACGUCCUCCACCCUGGAGCCACGGAUUACACUGACAAUGACUUGGAUGGGGGUGAAGUAGAAAACACCAGUCGUUCCAGGAGCUCCCCACCAAUUCCCUCUGCAACUAACUGCCUGGAUUCUCACUUCAGUCAAGAUCCAAUAGCAAUAGAGAACACAGAGCCCCUGAGUGUGGAGAGCACAGCCUGCAGCCUGGGCAGCAUCAGUGAAUCAGGCCAGGGCUAUGAGUGCAGCACUCCUUCAGAGACAAACUGCUCCUUUGACCCCACAGAGGAACCAUCCUCAGGUGCCACCUCAGCUCCCUGCACACGACACAGUGUCACCCCCUCGGAGCCAGGGCUCUACCCUUCGCCCCCCACGGCACCAGAACUGGCAGAGAAGGAGGAGGAGACGUUGCAGAGCUCUGGUGAGACGAUAACCAUGGACUUUACUCUCCCUGCAGACGUUAAUGAAGGUUUGCCUUUAAUUGCUGGCCCUGUGGAUUUGGACAGAGCCCCAGAGGCAGUGGUGGCCCCUGCUCAAGUGUCCUUAUCGGUCACAGAUUUUGGCCUCAUUGGCAUUGGAGAUGUAAAUAGCUUUCUGACUGCUCACCAAGCUUGUCCAGCACCUGUGGCUCACUCAGAGCCUUUGUCACAGUGAAGAGUUUUCCAGUCACAAACUCGUCACAGACCCAGCAAGGACUUUGAGCUGACUGAGUGCUAAUCCUGGAACUUCCACUGUUCCAUGGGGACAGUUUGGAGCUGUCAGUCAGAAUCAGUCUUUCCAUCCUCCUUGAUCCAAGGCUACAGUGAAACCAAACACCUUCCUGCUCCAGUGUGUUCUGACACAAUCAUGCAAAGCUGGGGCUGACUUAGUGGGGGGGAAAAGUUGAGGGGGGAAGGUCCAUCACCCCCUGUUUUGUUGACCAUGUGUCACCUCAGGCUGUUCAGAGGCCUUGCCUUGGGACAGGGGGGAAUGACCCUUGUCUCCAGUGGGACACUCUGAGUGCAGAGAUGCUCUGAGAUGUGACACACCAGGGAUGUGUCACUGGUACUUUGGGGGCUGGGGUGGUGGAUGCAGCCUGGAGGUCUGAGAGCUUAGGAAAUCUGCAGGGAGCACAGUCUAAUUUGCCUGCAGAGACAGGCAUGGCCAUGCCAAAGGAAGGUGAGGACUCUUGGCCCUUCACCCACAGGUUGUUGUGACAGAAAUCCUUCUCUCUGCUCCCCUGAGCACUCCUGAGCUGGGGAUGUGGGGGUGGGACUUGUACAUCCUCUGCAGCCUUCAGCCCUCUCACAGCUCUGUGUGGCUCCUGCCUGCUCUGCCACCAGCAGCAGGUGGGAUGUGGGCUGCUCCAGCCCUUGGGCACCAGCAGCAGGGCUUGGGAAGGGACAGUGCAGUAAGUGCACUGUGUGCACUGAAGUCCUUCCCUCACCUUCCCUUGCAGUGUUGGGCUGUGGAGAACUUAACCUGAGAGUAAAGGUUGUCUCUAAAGCCAGAGUGAUGGUGGCCCUGGGGCAGUGCAGUGCUGCUGCUUCUCUUACUGGUGGUGAAUGACUUGAUCCUUUCUGACUGCUGCAGUGCAGGGGGGGGGAAAUACAGGUGCAAAAAUCCUUCCCAGCCUGUUCACUUUGUCAGCUGUGGGAGGAAGAGGUUGCAAGUCUCAAGACAGCAGUCCCAUGCAGGAGAACACACCAGUCCCUGGCCAUCCCAGCCCCUUUCUGCAUCACAGAGUGUGUGCUCUGGUGUCUGAGAAGAGAUUAGGCCUCUACUGCCCUUAGCAGUGUUCAAGGAGGUGACAAGGGUGGCUCUGUGGGGCAGGAAGGUGGCCAGAUCCUCUGCAGGGAGCCACAGUGGCUCUGUGGCCGUGCAGGAGCCUGGAGCUGCUUCAUGUCCUGCCUGUGUUCCAGGUCUGGCCUUUACCACUGGUUUAUAUCCACAUAUUCUCCUUCCUCUUUUUAUUUCCCCCCACCCUAGACAGGGAGUGCUGGCUGCUGACUUGCUGGGCAAGGCUCUGACACAGAUGUUCCCUUCCUCCAGCCAUUUGCUGCAUUUGGGUUGAGGUUUCUUUGCCUGUUUCAGUAGAGGCUGUGGGGUGUGAUCCUGCAGUUGCUUCUGCUCACCAUGGAGCUGGAAGAGAACUAAAACCAUUAGUCCACAUCCUCCUUCUUAACCCAGCCCUGGGAAAUUGUGCUCAGCACUACAGGGAGAGUGUGGAGACAACAGCAGGCAGCUUCAUGGGAUGACAGGAUCACUCAUUUCCAAGCCUCAAGCUCCUUUUGCCUGGAUUGAAGAGCUCCAGACACACACAGCUCCCUUCAGCAGGCAUCACUCUGGCACCCCAGGUGUGGGGAGUGGAGCUUCUCCCCUCCAUUCCAGCUGCUCCCACUUGCUGGAAAGGGAAAACACAUCCAAGAAAGCUCCAUAGUGGAACUGCCCAGGCUGGGAUUCCCCUGUUCUGGGGGACAGGGGACACUCCUUGGCUGCCAGGAGAAGAGGGGCCAAGGGGAGAGCACAGGCAGCCCUCCCAGGGAGGGUCAGGCCUUGGCAGCUCCUCUCCAGCACCCAAGAACAUUCUUUAGUUUUCCUGAAACCACACUUUCUUUUCCUGUUUGGUUUGUUUUCAAGGCCUAAUGAAAGGAGAGAGAGAGAAGAGAGGCUGGGGGAAGCAGAAACCUCUCUUAUUUAUGUUCUUCAGUGUUGUUUACAGAUGGGCAUGGGGGUCUCUCAACAGGAGAGCAGAGCUUUUACCACCUAAGGGACAGGGGUAGAAAGGGCUGGGCCAGGGAAGGGAGUCACUUGGGGAGGUUUGGGGGGGUCUUUAUUUUGUUGGGGUUUUCUUUUUCCUUCUUACAAAGCACAUUCACUUUGAGCCACUCCCAAUGCUGGACUCUUUUCCCCCUUCCCCUCCCAAGCCCUACACUGUGAAGUGACACUGCCUUGAGGACCCCUUGCCCUUAUUUAUUUAAUUAAAGACCUAAUUUGAAAGUCA